UAUACGCAUUGUGUUUCUAUUGUCGUGGUUGUUUACUGUUUAAUAUAAUGCUUGAAUUAGAUAAAUUAAAAAGUAAUUAUUUGCAUAAAAAGCAGUUGAUGCACGGCACUGGAUUCUAGCGUCGGUAAUGGGAGGGGAGGCAGGCUAGGAAACCUAAAACAGGCGACGCAGGCGAACUAAGUUUUACCGGUGGCGGUUUUCGAAUGUCCGUGCAACGAAUAAACGUGAAAAAAAGUGGUUUUACCGGUAAAUAAAGCCGCGGGUCAAUGUGAACAGUUCCGCCGCAUCCGUAAGUAAGCAAACCUCAACAAAUCAACCCUAAACUCGUGUUUAUUUAUCAAAACAAAAACAUUAAACCAGUGAAAAUGUCAAAGGUCCUCGAGGUUUGCGUUGACAGUUUGGAGAGCGCGGUUGCCGCUCUUAACGGCGGCGCCGAUCGGCUCGAGUUGUGUUCGUCGCUAAUAGAGGGCGGCCUCACUCCCACCCCAGGUAUAUUGAUUCAAAUUCAAAACAUGAACCCGCGAAAAGUGCCCGUGUAUUGUAUGUUACGUUGUCGUCCGGGCAAUUUCAUUUAUAAACCGGAGGAAAUCGAGGCGAUGAAGGAGGACGCGCGAAUUUUAAGGAAAAGUGGCGCCAACGGGUUCGUUUUUGGGGCUCUGGCCGAUAAUGGGGACGUGGACAUGAAAACUUGCCGGGAAAUCGUUAAGGCUUGCUACCCGUUGCCAAUAACGUUUCAUAGGGCGUUUGAUUUUGUGAGGAGGCCCACCAUUGAGGUGGAGGUUAUCAUUGAUUUGGGGUUCGAAAGGAUCCUUACCAGUGGCAAGCAAAAGUCUGCACAAAUGGGUGUAAAGCUUAUUAAGAAACUUAUCGAUCAAGUGGGCAACAGGAUAAUUAUUAUGCCAGGGUGUGGGGUUGAUAAGGAUAACAUUAAAUUUAUCCUGGAAAACACCAAUGCCAAGGAAAUUCAUGGCUCAUUUAAGAAACUCAAGGAUGAACCGAAGCCUGAGGUUAAGGAUGAUGAGGCAGACAUUUCCUUAUCCGAUGAGAACAUCCCCAUUUAUGUUACCGAUGAGGAAAAUGUUGCUGAAAUUAUCAAUAUUUUAAAGAAUUUGUAGAUUUUGUUCCGUUUAUUCUUAAUAUAUUUUUUUAAUGCA